GUUAUAAAGGUUAUGAAGAUUAUGAAUAUUAUGGUGAUGAUUAUAGUUAUAAUGAUUAUACUUUAUACAGUGAACUACUAUCUUCACCAUUAGAAAUAAAUACUAGUUCACCAUCUUCAACGUUAGAAAUAAAUACCAGUUCACCAACGUCAAUAUUAGAACCAAAUACUUCAAUAUUAGAAACCAAUGCCGCAUCACUCUCAAUACAAGAAACAAAUAUAAUUUUAUCAAACAAGCCAUCACCUUU